CCUUUACCCCCCUAUAAACACCCUUACCCCCCUAUUUCCUCCUUUAUCCCCCCCUUACCCCCCCUAUUUCCUCCCCUAUCCCCUUCCAUAUCUCUUUCUCCUUUCAUUUCUAUUCUCCUUCCCACCGCCAUGGACGUGAAGAGGUUGAAGGUGACCGAGCUCCGGGCCGAAUUAGGUCGUCGUGGUCUCGAUUCGAGAGGCCUUAAAGUUGAAUUGGCUCAAAGGCUUCAAGAAGCGUUGGACGCCGAGAUGUUGGCGGCUGGGCCCGAAGAAAGCGGAGGUGGAGGUGGUGGAGGUGGAGGUGGGGGAGGAAGCGGAGGAUCAGGGCCUUGUAUUGGGGAAACAGAAGGUUCGGUCCCUUUAAGAGCUGGGGAGGAAGAGGAGGAGGAAGAAGAGGAUGAAGAGGAAGAAGAGGAAGAUGAAGAAGCUCUGUUGGCUGAGGAAGAGCCGCAAGAUGUUGGGGGGGAUGCUGGGAUGGAUGAGGAGGAAGAGGAGGAGGAACGAGGGGAGGAAGGGUCGGGUGAUAGCGCUCCGGUUGAUACCCAUAAAGCUGAUAUCAACCCAGCUGAUACCCAUAAAGCUGAUAUCAACCCAGCUGAUACCCACAAAGCUGAUAGCGGCCCAGCUGAUAACACCAAGACCCCGAUAAAGGAAGAGGAAGAUGAAGCGGUGAUGGAAGAAGCGAAACCCGAAGGUCCCGAGGUUGGAGGGGGAGUGAAUGGAGCUCAACGGGCGGCUGAGGCUGAGGAAGGACCCAGCGGGGAUGAAGCUGCUGUGGCUGCUGAUACGGACCAGAAGGAGGAGGAGGAGGAGGAGGAGGCGCCGGCGGCAGACGAUCCCAAAGCCGCCGGUUCCGAGGCCGAACGUCGCGGUGUGAAGAGGCAGCGGGACGAGAAGGACGAGCACGGCCGCGCUUACUAUGAGUUCCGCGAGGAGGCCUAUAACAGCCGGUCUAAAUCGCCGCCGCCGCCGGAGGAGGAGCCGAGAGAAGGGGAGGAGGAUGAGAGCGUCGUCAUCCUGGAUACGUGUAUGUGGGGGUUUGGGGGGAAAAAAGGCGUUUUUGGGGCUUUGGAUGGUGGGAAAGGGGUUGAAAAUGGGGUCCCUGAUGUUGGUUUUGGGGGCAUUUUGCCCCAAAAUCACAGUUUUUCUCCCCAAAACCUGCAGGUUGCUCAGCAUCUCCCAUUGAAGGAGGGCAGCACUGAGGUGCCGCUGUUCCGUGUUGGUUGGUCCGUCGACUUCUCUCGUUCCCAACUGGGGGAGGACGAGUUCUCCUAUGGCUAUGAUGGGAGGGGGCUGAAGGUGGAGAGCGGCCGAUUCGAGGAGUUUGGGCAGCAAUUUGGGGAGGGGGACGUCAUCGGCUGCUUCGCGCUUCUCCCCCUUUAUUCCAUUGCAGCCAAUUACUCCCUGCCGGAGAAGAGCGAGUACCUGGACGAGGUUCAUUACGGGGAGCUGCCCAAGGAGGAGGCUCAGCCCUUGGUCACGAAAUACAAAGAAUACGCCAGGACUUCUGCUCACCAUGAACGAGGCAAUCCGCCUGCUAACAACCGCAAACAACCGCAACAGCAGAACCUAUAUAGGGGGCUUGGAUACCUUGGCGGCCAACGCCGCGGUUACGACAACCGUAUCUACGGGCAGCAGCAGUAUUGGGGCCAGCCUGGAAACCGCGGGGGUUACCGUAAUUUCUACGACCGUUACCGGGGAGAUUACGAGCGAUUCUAUGGCCGCGAUUAUGAAUACAACAGAUACCGGGAUUACUACAGGCAGUACAACCGGGAGUGGCAAAACUACUACCAGGACAGAGAUCGAUACUACAGGAACUACUACGGCUAUCAGGGCUAUCGGUGAAGUCCCAAAAUCGGCCGUUUUUGACCCAAAAUGGAACCCCGAAAUAAUCCUAAAAAUUAAGAGGAAAAAAAAAAAAAACCACAAAAA